AUGAAACCGGUCCAAGUCAUCAAGAAAUUCAUCAAGAAACUCACCAAGAAACUGGAAACCAACCAUGCCGCCUCUUCCCCACCACCCGAUCCUUCCCUCACUCUCCCCAUCCCCAGCAACCUUCAUGCCACGUCGUCAUCCUCCACCUCCACCAUCAGACUGUCAGAUCUUGACAUGAUCAGAGUCAUCGGCACUGGUGGCAGCGCCACUGUCCAUCACGUCCGCCACCGCCUCACUGGCCAAUCCUACGCCCUAAAGAUCAUCCGUGGCAUCCAUAAGGAAAUCAUCCGCAUCCAAAUCUCCCGUGAGAUUCAUAUCCUCCGUGAAGCUGACAGUCCCUUUAUCAUCCACUACCAUGCCAUUUUUGAAGAAGACGAUGAAAUCAAAAUCCUCCUGGAUUACAUGGACAAAGGCCACAUUGGCUCCCUCGGCCGCAUCCCCGAGCCAACCCUUUCCAAAUUCGCUCGCCAGAUCCUCCUCGGCCUCACCUACCUUCACCGCAAAAAGAUUGUCCACUGCGAUAUCAAGCCCAAGAAUAUCCUGAUCAACAGUCAGGAUCAAAUCAAGAUUUGUGAUUUUGGGUUGAGCGUUAUCCUGAGUGAGGCGACCAGCAUCUGCGAGACAGGAACGCAGGGGACGAUCGCAUACAUGAGCCCAGAGUGGGCUAGAGAGAAGUAUUCGGACGGAUAUGCCAACGACAUCUGGGGUUUCGGAAUGUCGGUUCUGGAAUGCCAUUUGGGGAGACAUCCACUCAAGAAGCCAAACGACAUCGACGAGUUGAAGCAGUGGACAUGCGUUAUGUAUUUGUUUGAAUAUGAGGAGCCUCCGGAGAUGCCAGCUGACUCUUCCGAGGAAUUCCAGAGCUUUAUCAAGAGUUGCAUGCGUGAAGAACCUUCUAAUCGGUUGAGUGCAGAGCAACUGCUGGAGCAUCCAUUCAUUACUAUGCACCAAGACGACUGA